AUGACCGGCUCUUCGAAGAUCUUGUCGUCUCUCAAGGUACGGCAAGAGACGAACUUUCCUGCAACGCCUUUUUUUGAUGGACCAGAAGCGCCUUGCCGCUUCGAAGCGGAAGUCUGCAAUUGCAUUGUCCGCGGUUCAAUUCCCGAAGAGAUAAACGGAACCUACUAUCGCUGCAUGCCCGACUGGACUUGGGCGCCUCUUUAUGAUGACGAUGUCUUCAUCAACGGGGAUGGCGCUAUAGAUGCAGUUCGGAUCAGAGACGGUCACGCUGACUUCAAACAGAAGUAUGUGCGCACUGCCAAGUUCAACAUUGAAAGGGCGGCGAGGCAAUCUGUCUUUGGCAAAUAUCGCAAUCGCCAUACAGACGACCCGAGAGUGAAGCAUGAGGUGCAUUCGACGGCAAAUACCCACAUUGUGUAUUUCGAGAAUCAACUUUUGGCGUUGAAAGAGGAUUCUAGGCCAUAUGCUAUGGAUCCGGACUCCCUUGAGACUAGAGGAUUGUACGACUUUCAUGGGCAAUAUUCAGCUCCAACAUUUACAGCGCAUCCCAAGAUUGACCCUGACACCGGAGAGCUGAUCACCAUGGGCUAUGAGGCCAAGGGUGAUGCGACAAAUGACGUUGCGUACUACCUAUUUGAUAAAAAUGGGAAGAAGCUCGAAGAAUGCUGGAUCAAGACGCCUUACGUGGGAAUGAUGCAUGAUAUGGCAGCGACCAAGAACUGGAUCCUUUUCGUACUCAUUCCGCUCGAGACACAACCGGUCGAAAUUCUUCAGCAAGGAUCGAAGCAUUUUGCAUGGGCCGAGGACAAGGCUUUGACCUUUGGUCUUCUGCCGCGGCGAAACCCCAAACCUGAAGACGUUCUGUGGUUCAACUUCAAAAACGCCUUCUAUGGGCACACUGGAAACGCAUUCGAGGGCGAAGACGGAUGCAUCUACCUCGACGCGCCCCUUACCCACCACAACAAGUUCUGGUUCUUCGGUCCACGAGGCGAGGACCAAUUUUCUCACCCAAGCGGCAAACCAGCUGCGGGACAACCAGCCAGUAGUUACGUUCGCUGGAAGCUCGAUCCUAACGCAACAAAUUUCAAUGUAGAGCCCACAGAGCUAGUCGCACUCGAUGGCGAGAUGCCGAAGGUUGAUGAGAGAUUCGCAACCAAGGCGUACAGUAAACUGUUUUUAUGCGUUCAUGAUCCAAAGGCUAAGUACAGUCCCGUCGGUGGGACCUACAACACUAUCGCAGCGGCAGACAUCAAUACUGGAAAGUAUACUCACUGGUCUGCUGGGGAACAUACUUCUGUACACGAGGUAGCGUUCUUGCCAAGGUCCCCAGAUGCGGCGGAAGGAGACGGCUUUCUUGUAACCAUCGCCAACAGACGAGAUGUCAAACUCUCCUGCAUUCUGAUUCUCGACACCAAGAAUCUUGGAACAGGUCCCGUAGCGAUCAUUGAACUGCCCUUCCGGCUACGCAAUGGCAUACAUGGAAGCUGGAUUCGGCAGAAAUUUCAGGGUAUAGCUGUUCAGCCAGCCUUGCACAAAUGA